ACAACCCGUACCCGUUGAAUUAAACCCGAUGUAUACGGAUCCUCCUUCCUGAAAAUGAAAUGAAAUUGUGGAAGACAGAAGCGCCACAACAAACAGUCACACACCACACUCUCUCUCCCCCACCUUCAGAAAAACAAAUAACUCAGUUAUCCGGCGUAAUCAAUCAAUCAAUCGAUCGCGGGCAAAUACUGAAUAAUGGGACUGGGUCAACUCGCUUCUCGGGCCCUUUGGCGAUCCACUCGGCACGCGCGGCGGCCCCUCCUCCGCCGCUCUAUCGUCUCCACGCCGGAGCUCCACAACUCCGAAGCAGCCGCCGCGGUGGCCCAGCCCGAACCAGAUCUCCCGAAGCGGACACCUGUAGCCGGCGCCCGGGUCCACUUCCCCAACCCGGACGACGCCAUCGAGGUGUUCGUCGACGGGUACCCGGUCAAAAUCCCGAAAGGAAUGACGGUGCUUCAGGCGUGCGAGAUCGCCGGCGUUGAUAUCCCGAGGUUCUGCUACCACAACCGCCUCUCUAUCGCCGGAAACUGCCGCAUGUGCCUUGUCGAGGUCGAGAAAUCGCCCAAGCCCGUCGCUUCUUGCGCCAUGCCAGCUCUCCCUGGAAUGAAAAUCAAGACCGAUACACCGAUUGCAAAGAAGGCAAGAGAAGGUGUGAUGGAGUUUCUUUUAAUGAAUCAUCCACUCGACUGCCCGAUUUGUGAUCAGGGUGGAGAAUGUGAUCUACAAGAUCAGUCUAUGGCUUUUGGUUCGGAUCGAGGCCGUUUUACUGAAAUGAAGAGAUCUGUGGUCGAUAAGAACUUAGGCCCUUUGGUCAAGACUGUGAUGACUCGAUGUAUUCAGUGUACAAGGUGUGUGAGGUUUGCAACAGAAAUAGCUGGAGUACAAGAUCUCGGCGUUUUGGGCCGUGGAAGUGGAGAGGAAAUCGGAACUUAUGUCGAAAAACUAAUGUCAAGUGAAUUAUCGGGCAAUGUGAUAGAUAUUUGUCCUGUUGGUGCACUAACCUCAAAACCCUUUGCUUUCAAAGCUCGUAAUUGGGAGCUAAAGGGAACAGAGAGCAUCGAUGUGACAGAUGCGGUCGGUUCGAAUAUACGUAUUGAUAGUAGAGGUCCCGAGGUCAUGCGGAUUUUGCCACGUUUGAACGAGGACAUAAAUGAAGAAUGGAUAUCAGACAAGACACGUUUCUUCUACGAUGGUUUGAAGAGGCAAAGGCUAAACGAUCCCAUGAUUCGUGGUCCAGAUGGACGGUUCAAGGUGGUGAGCUGGCGUGACGCACUUGCAGUGGUCGCUGAUGUCAUCCACAAAGUCAAACCUGAGGAAAUUGUCGGAGUUGCUGGUAAAUUGUCUGACGCAGAAUCCAUGAUUGCAUUAAAGGAUUUCUUGAACAAAAUGGGAUCGAACAAUAUUUGGUGCGAAGGAAACGGCCCAAAUCCAAAUGCUGACUUGCGUUCUGGAUACAUUAUGAACACGAGCAUCAGUGGUUUGGAAAAAGCCGACGCUUUCCUUUUAGUCGGUACACAGCCAAGGGUAGAGGCAGCCAUGGUGAACGCCAGAAUCCACAAAACCGUGCGAGCAACCAACGCCAAGGUCGGCUACGUGGGCCCCACCGCCGACUUCAACUACGACAACGACCACCUCGGCGCAGGCCCCGAAACCCUAAUUGAGCUCGCUGGGGGCCGCCACCCCUUCUGCUCCACGCUCUCAAACUCCAAGAACCCCGCCAUAAUCGUAGGCGCCGGAAUAUUCCAACGCAAGGACAAAGACGUAAUUUUCUCCCUCGUCGAAAAAAUUGCGAAGAACGCAAAUGCGGUUCGGCCCGACUGGAACGGGCUCAACGUAUUGCUCCACAACGCCUCCCAAGCCGCAGCUCUGGACCUAGGCUUGGUGCCCGAAGCUGAAAACAGCAUCGGAAAAGCGAAAUUCGUUUAUUUAAUGGGAGCUGAUGACGUGGACUUGGACGAACUUUCGGACGAUGCGUUUGUGGUUUACCAAGGCCACCAUGGCGAUAAAGGAGUGUACCGUGCGAAUGUGAUUUUGCCAGCUUCGGCUUUUAGUGAGAAAGAAGGCACGUACGAGAAUACAGAAGGGUGUGCGCAGACUACAGUUCCUGCAGUCCCUACAGUUGGUGACUCGAGAGAUGAUUGGAAGAUUAUCCGGGCCUUGUCUGAGGUGGCGGGUGCUCCAGUUCCCUACGAUACAGUUGCUGCAGUUAGAUCACGGAUUAGCACCGUGGCGCCGAAUCUUUUGAACGUCGACGAGAGAGUGGGGGCCACAUUUUCGAGUUCUUUGUUGAGGCCUGAGGUCGACGAGAAGCAGCUUGAUAAGGCCCCGUUUGGAGUUGCGGUUGAAAAUUUCUAUAUGACGGAUGCGAUUACGAGGGCUUCGAAGAUCAUGGCGCAGUGCAGUGCCUUGUUGUCCAAGAAAUAAUAACUGCGAUUUUUUUUUUUUUUUUUUUUUUUUUUUCGGGUUUUGAAUAAGUUGGUGUUUUAUUUUACUUGAGGUUUUGAUAGGAUUUUCAUUAUAUUUGAGGGGUGGAGGGACAAAAGGUUGUCCCUAGUAAAGCAGUGGCCAUAGUAUUGUGCUUAUUAAUGGCAGGGUAAAUUUCAAUCUAUGGAUGUGUAUCUUUUUUUGUAAUUUAUAAUUGAUAAUUGAUUAUGUUGUGAUAUAAAAUGUCUGCCUUGGUAUUUGCUUA